AACCUACGCCCCCCCUUUUUAAUCCCGCUGCGCGCAUUAGAAAUCAAAAUCUUCUUCAACCUACGCCCUCGCUGCAGUUGCAGCCCUUUUCAUCUUUAAGUCUUUCAAAAAUCUGAAAUUCUGCUUAAAUCUUCGUAGCAAUUUCGCUGAAUUUUCUGGUUGGCAAUCGAUUGGCAUCUUCUAUUGACUCCCGCUGUAGAAAUACGUUGACGCUGGUGCAUGCCCGUGCGCCCCAUAAUAGGAGUUGGAAUUUACUUCUUUUUGGUGGGAAAAUUAGGGUUUGAUUGUUUUGGUCGAUAAGGGUGGAAAUUGAGAUGAUGAAGGCGGACGCUGAGGGGGGAUCGUCUGGGAUUAUGGAUGAGAUGUUUAGCGCGGACGAUGAGUGCGACGACGUUUACAUCGAUUUCGACUCUUUCUGGAGAGUCAUGGGUGCGCCGCCCGCUUCGCCUUCGCAGGGUAAUAUAGUGGAAGAUCUAUCUUCUAUUGAUGUCCCACAAGGUGUUCCGAAUUCAAAUGAUAUAUUCUUGUCAAAAGCUGAGAUACCAGGAUCUGGUGUACUAUCACCCUCACACAACUCUGAAGCCUCAGAUUCUAGGACUGGAAGUUCAGAUGGCAUCUCCGAAUCUGUAGGGACUUCUUCUGCCAUUGUGGGCGCUGGUACUCGAGAACCUUCUUCGCAGUUCGGUAUUGUUGAGCACAGCUGCUCUAGAACUGUCUCUGACAGUAUAUCUGUUCAAGAAAAUGGCCUAUCUUAUAGUUGUAUGGUUGGUGGUCCCCAGACUCCAUCAUCAUACAGCCAAAAUGAUGGUGGCAGAGCUCUAUCUGGGAUGUCCAACCAUAGUGACCCAUUGUGUUUGUAUGGUACCAGUCAUGUUACUCAUGAUGGAGGGUCUUCUGCUGAUAUUGACAUGAACCAUGAUAAGGACCUGAUUGGAUGCUCUAGGCUUGAUUUUCAUUUUGAAAACAUGGAGGAUGCCUCAGUUAUUGAUGGAGAUAGGAUUUCUCUGGACGUUUCCCAUACUGAGUCCAGUUCUUGUGAAAUUAAUACAGCGGACAUUCCAGUUUUUAUUCCUGAAAAUGGUGGCAUGCACCUUUUCGGCUCAGAUGAUCCAUCCUAUGCUUCUCUUAGUUCUGGUUUUCAGUCCUUAGCUUGUGAUGGAGGUAGGAUGGUCAAUACUAUGGAUGAAGGAGAAAAUUAUAGUGGCGACUUCGUUUCUGUAAUGCCUUAUGUGGAUGUGCCUGGUUCUCACUUCGGACACCACACACCUGAAUGUGGGAGUGGUAGCAGUGUUUCCUUAAAUGGCCAAGUUGGAUUUAGCUAUUGCAGUGACAUGAGUACAUUGCAGGAAGAGUCAAAAAAUAUUCCUCAUGAUUCUUUAUCAUGCAUCUUCAGUAAGCCAGGAGGUGAUAUCAAGGUCAAGAAAAAUGUGGAGUCAUUUACAUCUAAUAAGUUCCUUUCUACAGCAUCUGAAGUAAUUGACAUAGUCCGUAGGAAAUAUCAUGGGGGUGAGAGUAAGCUGCCCUCAAAAGGUAUAAAAUGGUCUUCAUCUGAUUCCUUCUCUUCGAUUUCUUGUGAGGACUAUGUUUCCUGCAAAAAGGAUGUAAAAGAGGGCAUACUUUUGAAGAGCGAUUUCCUUCCUCGGGGCAUGGUUGAUCAGACUAACACCCAAAAAUUAGCUAUUGGUGCUUGUGAUGGUAAUUCUGCUCUUCUCGCGUCAUGUCAACCAGGCAUGUGGCCAUUGGCUUCAGUUAAGGCAGAAAUGAAUUGUCAAAAGACGGAAAAUGAGGUCUCAGAGUUCAACGGUUUUUAUCUUCCUAACAUCAGUUACCAAAGGGUUCAAAGUAACAUGGUAGAGCUUAUAAAUCUCGAUGAUGACCCCGAUGUUUGUAUUCUUGAGGAUAUGAGUACACCACCAGCAGCCUCAAAUCCUGUUAGAUUAAAUGGAAAGUUGUUUGCUGCUUCGCAAUAUUCUUCAUCGACAGACCCUGUUGAGCAGAUGGCCUUGGGACAUUCAAGGCUUAGACCAAAUGAUGAACGGGUUAUUUUUCGAGUUGCUGUGCAGGAUCUUGCUCAGCCAAAAUCAGAAGCUAUUCCACCUGAUGGAUUGGCUGUGACUCUACUGAAGCACCAGCGAAUUGCUUUAUCCUGGAUGGUUAACAAAGAGACGAAAGGUGCGUGUUGUUCUGGUGGGAUUCUUGCGGAUGAUCAGGGACUUGGGAAGACAGUGUCAACUAUUGCAUUGAUAUUAAAAGAGAGGUCACCUUCUUCUAAAGCACCGAUAGCUAAUAUGGGACAAUGUCAAAUGAAGAUGUGUGAUGUGGACGAGGACAAUGGAGCUCCUGAAAAUUACUAUGUGGAGGAUACUCGUGAGAAUGGUGGUACGACUAACCUACAAACCAAGGGCAGACCACCUGCUGGGACCCUUAUUGUAUGUCCAACAAGUGUUCUCCGGCAAUGGUCUGAAGAGUUGCAUAAUAAAGUGACUAGGGAAGCUGAUCUUUCUGUUCUAGUCUACCAUGGAAGCAGCCGCAUCAAGGAUCCUCUUGAGCUUGCUAAGUAUGAUGUGGUGAUUACAACAUAUGCUAUUGUUAGCAUGGAGGUGCCAAAGCAGCCUGUUGUUGAUGAGAAAGAUGAUCAAUUCCGUUCCCCUUUCAAAGGAUACUCAUCUAAUAAAAAGAGGAAGUUAGUUGAAACUGCAUCCUCUAAGAAGUCUGCUAGGAGUAAGAAGAGUAAGAAACAAAUCGACAAUGAAUUAUUUGAAAUUAUUUCUGGCCCUCUUGCCAAGGUUGGAUGGUAUAGGGUUGUAUUGGAUGAGGCUCAAACCAUCAAAAACCACAGAACUCAAGUAGCUAGGGCUUGCUGGGGACUUCGUGCUAAGCGUAGGUGGUGCUUAUCUGGGACACCAAUUCAGAAUGCAAUAGAUGAUCUUUAUAGCUACUUUAGAUUUCUCAGGCACGAACCGUAUGCUACUUUUAAGACUUUCUGUGAGCAUAUUAAGUCACCAAUUCAUAGGAAUCCAAGGGUUGGGUACAAAAAACUGCAAGCAGUGCUGAAGACUAUCAUGCUGCGUCGGACGAAAGGUACUUAUAUUGAUGGACAACCAAUUAUUGAUCUUCCACCGAAAACUAUAGAAUUGAAAAGGAUUGAUUUCUCCAUGGAGGAGCGCGAUUUCUAUUGCAGACUCGAGGCUAAUUCACAGGCCCAAUUUGCAGAAUAUGCAAAAGCAGGGACGGUCAAACAGAACUAUGUGAAUAUAUUAUUAAUGCUUCUGCGGCUUCGACAGGCUUGUGACCACCCUCUUCUUGUUAGGGGGUUCAGUUCUACUUCACAGAUGACCUCCUCCAUUGAGAUGGCUAAGAAUUUUCCCCUGGAGAAAAACAUCUUCCUUCUGAAUUGUUUGGAAGGCUCUUUGGCAAUUUGUGGGAUAUGCAGUGAUCCACCUGAAGAUGCUGUAGUAACUGUCUGUGGCCAUGUCUUUUGCAACCAGUGCAUUUGUGAGCAUAUGAUUGGUGAUGACACCCAAUGUCCCAACAAGAAUUGCAAAAUUCGUCUGACUUCGUCACACAUAUUUUCUAGUACCACACUACGGGAUGCUAUAUCAAAUAACCCAAAUCCAGAAAAUAACCACACAUUCAAGUGCUCUGAUUCUGAGCUUGCUAAAGUUUCGGAGUCUUGCUCUUCAAGCUAUCCAGAAGGUUCUUCCAAAAUUAAAGCUGCUCUGGAGCUCUUGAAGUCUUUGUCUAAGCCACAUGAUCCUGCCUUAACAUUGAGUUCUUUAGAACCUAAUGAAGGAUGUUGCGGUUCAGAUUUGUUGCAUGGUUGUGAUUCAGUGGGAAAGAAUGGAACUCCAGACAUAAAACAGAUUUCUCAGAGUUCUGGUCAGGUUGCGGGGGAGAAGGCAAUUGUGUUUUCCCAGUGGACAAGGAUGUUGGAUUUGCUUGAGGAUUAUUUGAAAAGUUCAUCCAUUCAAUACCGCAGACUUGACGGAACAAUGCCUAUUUCUGCCAGAGACAAGGCAGUGAAAGAUUUUAAAAGUCUUCCCCAGGUUUCUGUCAUGAUAAUGUCUUUGAAAGCUGCUAGUCUUGGAUUGAACAUGGUGGCUGCUUGCCACGUCAUCCUCCUGGACCUCUGGUGGAAUCCAACGACUGAAGAUCAAGCUAUAGAUAGAGCACAUCGUAUCGGGCAGACACGCCCUGUUUCAGUUUAUCGGCUGACUGUGAAGGACACAGUAGAAGAUCGCAUUUUGGCCUUGCAGGAAAGGAAGAGAGAGAUGGUUGCAUCUGCCUUCGGUGAGGACGAGACUGGUGGUCGACAAACUCGGCUCACUGUGGAAGAUUUGAAGUAUCUAUUCAGGGUUGAUUAAGACUUUUCUGACUAGGGUUAUUCUUUCCAUAUUCUUUCACAUGCUAACAAUUUACAGCAUUUUUUGAAGCUUGAUAGCUAGCAUUCACUGGAAAUGAUUAGCCUUAGAAUACAGCAUAGAUUUUUGGCAACAGAUUUGCAGUACAUGUAUACAGAGGCAAAUCACUUGUUUUCUCCUUCUGUAUAGCUUUUAUAGAGUUCCGUGACAUAAACAAAACAAAUAUAGUGAUCAUCGCAUCUUCAGUUUAUAUAUAUAUUUCCUACUUGUUGGUAUCA